CCGGGCAUGAUAUCAUGGAGAGCAUCGGAGUCGCGCUUCAUCUUCGCCAGACGGAUCAGACGGGUGAAGGAGCCGGGGAAGUAAAGUGCGUGUCCAUCUGAGGAGCCGACUUUGCUCCGAGCAGCAGAGUGAUACAACAUCAAGAAGGCCGAGCCCAGCGGAAUUAUUCUCCAUCGUCCCAACUCGUCGAUUCACGACACGGCCACCGGAAUACUGGUCUCCAUGGCUUCCCUUGCCUGGCGGCGGUCCGUAGUCGCUUCCCAGGACCUCCAGUCCAUAACCCUCCGUCCGGACCGACCGUGCACUGACAAAAAGAGUGCGCCAGCUGUUGCGGCUCCAUUGGGUCCGAGAGGAGCUUGUCGAAUCCGUAUAGGUGGACAAGUCGAGGUGUGUACGAAGAGCAAGGAACUGAGCUUCCACAACGAGCUGAGGGAUGGAGGCCAGGAAUUACGAUUGUGGACAAGAAUGUAGUUCAUAGGCAUGAGGAAGAGGUUUUGGAAAAAGUAUCUGUUGAUGUCGAAACUCGAAUGAGCCAAUCGG